CAGGAGGGCCAGGAGGUGGUCACUAAUGGCAGCUCUGCGGCCAUUACUGAGGAGGAGAAAUUGGUCAAGUCGUUGGAGAAGGAUAUGGAUCUGAACGCCGAGUCGCGCGCCUGUACUGGAGUGCUGUCCAUCCAUCCGCGCUCUCGAGACAUAAAAAUAGACAACUUUUCCAUCACUUUCCACGGCGUGGAGCUGUUCCAGGACACGAAAGUAGAGCUGAACUGCGGCCGAAGGUAUGGUCUGAUCGGACUGAACGGGUGCGGAAAGUCGACUCUUUUGGCGGCAUUGGGCCGAAGAGAGGUUCCCAUUCAGGAUCACAUCGAUAUCUAUCACUUGACUCGAGAGAUGCCGCCGUCCGAGAAGACGGCUCUGGAAUCGGUUCUCGACGUCGAUAAGGAAAGGAUUCGUUUGGAAGCGUUGGCCGAAGAGUUGGCUCAAUAUGACGACGAAGAAAGUCAGGACCAGUUGAUGGAUAUCUACGAACGUCUGGAUGAGAUCGGAGCCGACAAAGCGCUUAUGAAAGCCGCGUAUAUUCUCAAUGGUUUGGGUUUUACUAAAGAAAUGCAAAACAAAAAGACGAAAGACUUUUCCGGCGGAUGGAGAAUGAGGAUAGCGUUGGCCAGAGCUCUGUACGUCAAACCACAUCUCCUACUACUCGACGAACCGACCAAUCAUUUGGAUUUAGACGCCUGUGUGUGGCUGGAAGAGGAGCUCAAGUCCUAUAAACGCAUUUUGGUUCUCAUAUCCCAUUCCCAAGACUUUCUGAAUGGUGUCUGCAAUCAAAUCAUUCACAUCGACAAUAAGCAUAUGAAAUAUUAUGGCGGAAAUUAUGACGCUUUCGUUAAGACGAGGGAUGAGCUGCUGGAGAACCAAAUGAAACGAUACAAUUGGGAACAGUCGCAGAUCGCGCACAUGAAGGACUACAUCGCCCGCUUCGGUCACGGGUCGGCCAAACUGGCGCGUCAGGCGCAGAGCAAGGAGAAGACUUUGGGCAAAAUGGUUGCCGGAGGGCUCACUGACAAAGUGGUGUCCGAUAAGACAGUCUCCUUCUACUUCCCCUCUUGUGGUACAAUCCCUCCGCCAGUGAUUAUGGUUCAGAACGUGUCGUUCCGAUACAACGAUGAGACUCCACUUAUUUACAGGAAUUUAGACUUUGGUAUAGACUUGGACUCGAGAGUGGCUCUCGUGGGACCCAAUGGCGCGGGAAAGUCGACCCUUUUGAAGCUAUUAUGUAAUGAAUUGGUCCCAUCGGACGGUAUUGUGAGAAUUCACUCUCACCUGAAGAUUGCUCGCUAUCACCAGCACUUACACGAACAGCUGGACCUCAACCUGUCUGCACUCGAAUAUAUGAUGAAAUGCUUUCCUGACAUCAAGGAAAGGGAGGAAAUGCGCAAAAUUAUUGGCAGAUAUGGAUUGACGGGUCGGCAACAGAUAUGUCCGAUUAGACAACUAUCAGAUGGCCAGAGAUGUCGUGUAGUGUUUGCAUGGCUCGCGUGGCAAACGCCGCAUCUCCUACUACUGGACGAACCGACCAAUCAUUUAGAUAUUGAAACGAUUGAUGCAUUGGCCGAAGCUAUCAAUGAAUUUGAAGGCGGAUUGGUUUUAGUGAGCCAUGACUUCCGGCUGAUCAGUCAGGUGGCCGAAGAGAUAUGGGUUUGUGAGAAGGGAACGACUACUAAAUGGAACGGUACUAUUCAGACAUAUAAAGAGCAUCUGAGGAAAAAGGUUUUGAAGAAUAUAGAGAAACAAAAUCAAUAA